UUCAUGAAAAGUCCACACCGUAGGGGGUUGGUGUAAGACGAAAUCAAACAUCGGUAUGGUUUUGGUGAUUAGUAAUUACAAACAGGUGGAUGUGAUUUUCGUAAUUCAACCUAAGUUCGGUGAGUUUUCGUAAUUUACCCUAAAAAUUAUAUAAAGUGAAAUAUUGAAACAAAUCGUUUAUUCGUACGCAUCUAAUUUACUGCGCCAUUAAAACACAUUAAUACAUUCUUCAACAGUUUCACCAUCUAAACUCCGUCCCCGCGAAAUGGAAGAAACCGAGCAGCCCACCCACGAUUCCGCCGCCGCCGCCGCCGCCGAAGCCCUCGAUCGUAAGCACUCGGCAAUGGUGGAGCGCCUCUCGAACCGCCACCACUCCCGUCUCUCCGGCAAACCGGAUCCCAGCUCCGCCACCUCAUUCGAAUCCACACAGUCGUUCCUCUCUCAGUUCUCUCAAUCCAAAUCCGCAAUCGAAUCGGACCUCACCGGAAUCCGCCACCACUCCGACCCGACCCAGAAACCCGACCUGGAAUCAAUCUCUCUCCAAAUCUCCGCCCUAGAGAAGCUCGUCGCCGAGAGCUCCUACUUCCUACCCCCCUUCGAAAUCCGCACCUGCCUCAACACCAUCGGCCACCUCAGACAAACCCUAGAUGACGUCACCUCCAUCGUCAUCCCCAAGAAGAAAUUCUCCUUCAGGAACAAACCCUCCAAAAAGACAACCACACCAAUUCCACCUCAAAACGACGCAGUAUUCAUUGAGCCGGAGAAAAAGCCAGGGUUUAGGGAUUUGAAUCCCGACCAUGGGUUCAGAAACAGAGAGAACGAGGUACUAACAAAGGAAUUCAACAGAAGCGAUUCGGAGAUUCAAAUCGGAGAGUUCACAUUGUCGGAUUUGAGGGGUUGCGAAAUUCGAUUAAAGGGUUGCUUAAGGGCAUUGUUUAUGGAUAAGUUGAUUAACUGCAAGGUUUACGUAGGGGUGGUUAUGGGUUCGGUUUUGAUCGAGGGAGCAGAGGAUUGCGUGUUCGUUUUGGGGGCGCAUCAAAUUAGGAUUCAUAAUGCGAAAAAUUGCGACUUUUAUCUUCGAGUGAGGAGUAGGCCUAUAAUCGAGGAUUGUAAUGGUGUUAGAUUUGCUCCGUAUUGUUUGAAUUACGAAGGAAUCGAGAAGGAUCUCACGGAGGCGAAUCUCGGUGUGGAAAAUGGGAAUUGGGAGAAUGUGGAUGAUUUUCGUUGGUUAAGAGCAUUGCAAUCUCCCAAUUGGUCGGUUUUGCCGGAAAACGAGCGUAUAAGUAUGGUUGAUACAUCGAAUUUGGGAAACGUUUAUUGAGGAUUCUUUGCUAAAGAGGCUGAAACUUCGAGAAUCGAUUGCAGGUUUUGUGUCUGAUAUGCAGAGUGAUGGAUUUUACCUUGUGAGUGAAGUUCUAUUCAUAAUUCUUUGUUAUCUUUUUUUUCGUUUCCUUUGUAUCUGAAUCUUGUUAUAUGUUAACCUUGUAACUAAUUCAAUCAUUAAAACGAAGUCUUCUCUUACUUGAAUAUGAAUUACUUGAAGACGAGAAGCUUCCUAAUGCUACAUUAUGUUCGUUAUAUAUAUUCGAAGGCGAACACCUAUAUAUGUGUUUGUACUUGGUGGU